UGGAGGCUCUUUUCCGGUUACAUUGCGUGACUUUUGGGGCUCAUUGCUGACCUGCUUGUUCACGUGCGUCUCUAUCAACAUGUUCCUCUUAUCCAACCGGAUAAAGUGCUGCUCUCUGGCCUUCACCGCCGCGCGGCUGUACAGCAGCGGAGCGGCGGCCGCGAACAGCAACCCCACCGUCUACUUCGACAUCUCCGCGGACAACCAGCCGCUCGGAAGAGUCACCUUCGAGCUCAACGCUGAAGUUGUGCCAAAAACUGCAGAAAACUUCCGGGCUCUGUGCACGGGGGAGCAUGGCUUUGGCUACAAGGGCUCCACUUUCCACAGGGUCAUCCCUCAGUUCAUGUGUCAGGGUGGAGAUUUCACCAACCACAAUGGAACUGGAGGCAAGUCCAUCUACGGAUGGAAGUUUCCCGAUGAGAACUUCAAACUGAAGCACACUGGACCCGGAAUCUUGUCCAUGGCCAACGCGGGGCCCAACACUAAUGGAUCCCAGUUCUUCAUCUGCACCACUAGAACAGAAUGGCUGGACGACCGGCAUGUUGUGUUUGGCAGCGUGAAGGAGGGAAUGGACGUGAUCAAGAAAGUGGAGGCCCUGGGCUCUCGCUCCGGGCGCACCUCCAAAAGGAUCACCAUCACAGACUGUGGAGAGCUCAAGUAGACUCGGACACGCUCACGCUCUCAUCUCCUGCUGCAGUUUCAUAGAAAAAGCUCGAAUGAAGGAGUGUGACUCUCCGCUCCGUCUCUCUCUGCUGGUAAUCGCUUCAGAACCUCUCACUCAGUCUUUUUGUGGUAUUUGGAGGCUGCGGCGCUCAUUGUUCAGGUAACUACUUCCACACUAAACUACGGUAUGAAAUGUGAACUUUUAAUGUAGAAUAAAUAGUGGUUCUACUAAAUGUGAAAACAGCAACUCAUGAUUGCAUAAAGUGGUUGGGGAAAGGGGCAUUUAUUUACAAAAAUAAAAAGA